CUAAAUUCUACUUGUUAUAUUGUAUGGUCCACUCAGCCUAUUUUACUCCCAUUAAAAUUACUCCUCUCGUUUUGCGUAUAGUUCUGGGCCACGGUUCCUUGGCUCUUAUAAAAGGACCUUUGUUUCCUUUUUUGAAAGAGAUCAAGUUUGCUCUCUUCUAUCAAGCAUACAACUAGAGACAAACAAACUCUUUGCAUUCGUUUGAAUUUGUUGUUGUUGUUGUUGUUUUUUUUUUUUUUUUCUCUCUUCUUUUUUUAUUUUUUAUUUUUAAUCUUUUUUGUUUUUUAUUUAAAAAAUCUCCCUUUUUUUUCUUUUCUCGUCGUUUUUUAAUUUCGCGUCGUGUUUUUUUUCUCUUUCUCGUGUCCAUCUAUCUAUCUAUCUAUCCAUCCAUCCAUAUAUAUUAUAUAUAUAUAUCUCUCUCUAUAUAUAUGGUUGUUGUUUUUUUUUUUAAACUGAUCCAUUUACUUUUGCUUGGUGGUACAUUUACUUGCAUUGCCAUUGUUAAUCUCAACUUCAGGAUUCUCUAAUUCUAAUUCUAAUUCCAAUUUUCAUCUUAAAAAAAAAAAAAAAAUAAAAAAUAAAGUAAAAUAAAAUCAUUAUUUGUGAGUUUUUUUUAUUUUUUAUUUUUUAUUUUCGUCUUCUUUCUUUACCUUUUCUCUCUUUUACUCUCUCACAGUUAAAUAGGCUCUUUAUUUUUUUUUCUUCGGACCUUAUUUGACUUUAGCUUCCGCACCCGUUCUUUCGCCUCAUUCUCUGACGUCUCUUGGCUGGAAGCUUUUUUUAAUCGGAGUUUUUUUCCUCUUUCUCUUUCUCUCUCUAUAUCUUACCCGCGCAGUAGAAGAAGAAGAAGAAGAAAAAAUAAAAAAUCUUUUCAAUUCUAUCCUUUCUUGUGCAUACUUGCACAACGCAAACCUGUUGGCUUUGCUCUUUGCUCUUUUCUCUCUUGUUCUUUUUUUUUUUUUUUUUCACCCACCCCUUUUGUGUAAACCGGUAGUAUCGCUACCGUAAAAACAAGCAGUCUACAACAUACGUUGUACGUCUCUUCUCGCCUCUUUCUUUGAACAACGAACCUCAAUAACUAAAUCAUACCAUUGCUUACGGUUGAAUUUUGAAUUUUUAUAUUUAUAUUUAUAUUUUAUAUUUUAUAUUUCCUUUUUUUUUUUCAAAAAGGAUUACCAAGCCUGCCGAAUCGUUUUCUAAUUUAAACAAGCAAGCAAGCUAAUAAACAAACAAAACCUUAUUUCGAGUCAAUUGAAAAUUUCCCAUUUCUUUUUGCUGUGCAUCAAGUAAAUGCCGAUUCUUCCUUGCUGACUCUAUACUAUUUCUUCCGUUUUCUCUUCUUUUCCUUUUCAAUGUGCGAAUAGUUUCAUCUUACGUUGGAUUGAGAAUAUUCCAAAGCGUUGCUUCUUAUGCCCUUUACUUGCCCGACCGAUGUUAGUAAUUUUACGAAUAUAGUCGUGGAUCGUCGUCGUGCUCAUCGAACCGAGUCGACCGACACUUCUGCUAUCAUUCUCCUUACCCCAACAGAAUUGGUUCGCUUGAGAUAUAUGGUGAUUGCUGCUACUUCUAUUUCUAUAGGAUUUUGUCUAGUCAUUGUUUUUCUACGAUGGUUUAGGCGAUGGUUCAGACAGAAAGCUAUUACUUUUCGUGACCAACUCCAUAUAACCCUCUUUGUUGUCCUUUGUAUCCGUUCCAUUGUUCAACUCCUCCACCCCAGUAUUUCCAUCCACCGUCCCUUCUUUUGGGACCCUGCUACUCGAUGCUUUACUUUGGGCUUUUUUCUCUUGGUCUUGCUCCGAAUGUCGGACUAUUGGAUUUUAAUCAACGUCAUCCACAAUGCUCUUCUUGUGUUAAAUCCUACGUCCAUCGAUGUGGAUCAUGGCGGGCUUUAUCGCUUUCGACAUACCGUUUAUGGAUUAUCCAUAGUCUUUCCAUUCACCGUCGGUGCUUUAGCUUUCACAAAUUAUGAGAGUACGUUUGUGAAUUUUCAAACCCGUUGCUUUAUUCCCUUUCGUCCUGCUCGUUACUACUGGGGCCUAAAUUGGGGGUUCGAUUAUUUUCUUACUACAAUCAUUUUUACGCUACAUUUGUGUAUGUUUAUUUCCAUUCGAAGAAAAGUAAAACAGUUUCAAAGCAUUUCCUGUGAUAAUCCGGAUUCUUUUUGUUCAGAAAACCUAGAGGCCGGCCCUCGCAGCCCUUCUCAAGUAGUACCACCGCCCUUCUUGGAAAAUCUAUCCUCUUCCUCUUCCUCUUCUUCCUCUGCCUCUGCCUCCCCCCAUCCUUCACAUUCCUACCAAAAUCCUAAUUCUAAUCGCAUAGAUACGUUUGAUCAUGCUCAUAAUUUCUCUCCAUCCUCCAGUCCUCCAUCCCCUGCAUUGCCAUCUACUUCCCAACAGCAUUCCUAUCUUUCACCUAAUAUGUACAAUCCUCCUAAUCCUUCAAUAUCCAAUGCAUCCGAGGACUCUGCAAACCAUCAAAUGCAACAAUUGACCUCCGAACUUCAAAAUGAACUUGACGAUGGCGUUGAAAACUGCUCGCAUAACGAAGGUACAGUGAACAGUGCAAUGGCUUAUUAUGAAAAAGACCUUCGUGAGAAUCCCCUAAAAAAACAAAGAAAACGUGUCCUGCGGCAAUCAAAAGUCCUUUUUGCAUAUCCCGCAGUCUUUUUCGUAAUGUGGUUCCUUCCUCAGCUUCGUUAUAUUGUAACUUUAGCAAAUAGCAAAAAUGAGUGCUCUGGCUCUUGUAAAAAUUUUGCUUACAUUGCUAUCUUUUGUGAUAAUUUCGCUGCUAUAUUUUUAACCCUUUGUGAUUUGGUGUUUGAAUGUUACCAAGGUGUAUAUGUUUUCUUCAAGAAAAAGAAGUAUAAUCUAAUCGUGCAUUAUUUAAAAAAACCUUUUGUUCAAAUGCACUAUGCCGUGCGUGAAAAAACUUAAUGAUCUAAAAAUCCCUCCGUUUAUGAUAAUGCGGAUCUAAUGCUCUUUUGUUCAGUGUAUUUCUGUUCCUAAAACGUUAUCUUUGCUUCUUUCCUUUCUAGAAUUACUAAUUAUUUCAUUUGCUAAAUACCUUGCAAGCUUCGCGUUUAUUAGUGUCAUGCGAGUUUUCGCUUGCAAGUUUCGUUAGAUCUAAUGAGAAGUGUGAAGCUUCGAAAAAUCUACUUUGUUAGGAUUUUAUGUUUUGGUAUUUAACAGAAGUUUUUGUUCU